AUGUGUGUGAACUCUUUCCCAUUCGCCUCCACUAGGCCUUCUGACAGCAUCAAAACCCCCAUCCAGAGGAUGCCUCCCCAUCAACCAUCCAGAGGAUGCCUCCCCACCAACCAUCCAGAGGAUGCCUCCCCCACCAUCCAGAGGAUGUCUCCCCCACCAUCCAGAGGAUGCCUCCCCACCAACCAUCCAGAGGAUGCCUCCCCACCAUCCAGAGGAUGCCUCCCCCACCAUCCAGAGGAUGCCUCCCCCACCAUCCAGAGGAUGCCUCCCCCACCAUCCAGAGGAUGCCUCCCCCACCAUCCAGAGGAUGCCUCCCCCACCAUCCAGAGGAUGCCUCCCCACCAUCCAGAGGAUGCCUCCCCACCAUCCAGAGGAUGCCUCCCCACCAUCCAGAGGGAUGCCUCCCCCACCAUCCAGAGGAUGUCUCCCCCACCAUCCAGAGGAUGCCUCCCCCCACCAUCCAGAGGAUGUCUCCCCCACCAUCCAGAGGAUGCCUCCCCCACCAUCCAGAGGAUGCCUCCCCCACCAUCCAGAGGAUGUCUCCCCCACCAUCCAGAGGAUGUCUCCCCACCAACCAUCCAGAGGAUGCCUCCCCACCAACCAUCCAGAGGAUGUCUCCCCCACCAUCCAGAGGAUGCCUCCCCACCAACCAUCCAGAGGAUGUCUCCCCCACCAUCCAGAGGAUGCCUCCCCCACCAUCCAGAGGAUGCCUCCCCCACCAUCCAGAGGAUGCCUCCCCACCAACCAGAGGAUGCCUCCCCCACCAUCCAGAGGAUGCCUCCCCCCACCAUCCAGAGGAUGUCUCCCCCACCAUCCAGAGGAUGUCUCCCCCACCAUCCAGAGGAUGCCUCCCCCACCAUCCAGAGGAUGUCUCCCCCACCAUCCAGAGGAUGUCUCCCCCACCAUCCAGAGGAUGUCUCCCCCACCAUCCAGAAUAUGCCUCCCCCCACCAUCCAGAGGAUGUCUCCCCCACCAUCCAGAGGAUGUCUCCCCCCACCAUCCAGAGGAUGCCUCCCCCACCAUCCAGAGGAUGCCUCCCCCACCAUCCAGAGGAUGCCUCCCCCACCAUCCAGAGGAUGUCUCCCCACCAUCCAGAGGAUGCCUCCCCCACCAUCCAGAGGAUGCCUCCCCCACCAUCCAGAGGAUGUCUCCCCCACCAUCCAGAGGAUGCCUCCCCCACCAUCCAGAGGAUGUCUCCCCACCAACCAUCCAGAGGAUGCCUCCCCACCAACCAUCCAGAGGAUGUCUCCCCCACCAUCCAGAGGAUGCCUCCCCACCAACCAUCCAGAGGAUGUCUCCCCCACCAUCCAGAGGAUGCCUCCCCCACCAUCCAGAGGAUGCCUCCCCCCACCAUCCAGAGGAUGCCUCCCCCACCAUCCAGAGGAUGCCUCCCCACCAACCAGAGGAUGCCUCCCCCACCAUCCAGAGGAUGCCUCCCCCACCAUCCAGAGGAUGUCUCCCCCACCAUCCAGAGGAUGUCUCCCCCACCAUCCAGAGGAUGCCUCCCCCACCAUCCAGAGGAUGUCUCCCCCACCAUCCAGAGGAUGUCUCCCCCACCAUCCAGAGGAUGCCUCCCCCACCAUCCAGAAUAUGCCUCCCCCACCAUCCAGAGGAUGUCUCCCCCACCAUCCAGAGGAUGUCUCCCCCACCAUCCAGAGGAUGCCUCCCCCACCAUCCAGAGGAUGUCUCCCCCACCAUCCAGAGGAUGCCUCCCCCACCAUCCAGAGGAUGCCUCCCCCCACCAUCCAGAGGAUGUCUCCCCCACCAUCCAGAGGAUGUCUCCCCACCAACCAUCCAGAGGAUGUCUCCCCACCAUCCAGAGGAUGCCUCCCCCACCAUCCAGAGGAUGCCUCCCCCACCAUCCAGAGGAUGUCUCCCCACCAACCAUCCAGAGGAUGCCUCCCCACCAACCAUCCAGAGGAUGUCUCCCCCACCAUCCAGAGGAUGCCUCCCCCCACCAUCCAGAGGAUGCCUCCCCCACCAUCCAGAGGAUGCCUCCCCCACCAACCAGAGGAUGCCUCCCCCACCAUCCAGAGGAUGCCUCCCCACCAACCAUCCAGAGGAUGCCUCCCCACCAACCAUCCAGAGGAUGUCUCCCCCACCAUCCAGAGGAUGCCUCCCCCACCAUCCAGAGGAUGCCUCCCCACCAACCAUCCAGAGGAUGUCUCCCCCACCAUCCAGAGGAUGCCUCCCCACCAACCAUCCAGAGGAUGUCUCCCCCACCAUCCAGAGGAUGCCUCCCCACCAACCAUCCAGAGGAUGUCUCCCCCACCAUCCAGAGGAUGCCUCCCCCACCAUCUAGAGGAUGCCUCCCCCACCAUCCAGAGGAUGUCUCCCCACCAACCAUCCAGAGGAUGCCUCCCCACCAACCAUCCAGAGGAUGUCUCCCCCACCAUCCAGAGGAUGCCUCCCCCACCAUCCAGAGGAUGCCUCCCCCACCAUCCAGAGGAUGCCUCCCCACCAACCAGAGGAUGCCUCCCCCACCAUCCAGAGGAUGCCUCCCCACUAACCAUCCAGAGGAUGCCUCCCCACCAACCAUCCAGAGGAUGUCUCCCCCACCAUCCAGAGGAUGCCUCCCCACCAACCAUCCAGAGGAUGUCUCCCCCACCAUCCAGAGGAUGCCUCCCCACCAACCAUCCAGAGGAUGUCUCCCCCCACCAUCCAGAGGAUGCCUCCCACCAACCAUCCAGAGGAUGCCUCCCCCACCAACCAUCCAGAGGAUGCCUCCCCACCAACCAUCCAGAGGAUGCCUCCCCCACCAUCCAGAGGAUGCCUCCCCACCAACCAUCCAGAUGA